CAAACCCAGACACCAUGUUCUGUCCCCGGGGGCUUGGAGAUUUCUUGGAGCGUAGUCUGAAUGCCACUCAGAGGAGUGCGUAAACAGGAAUCUGUGCUUCAGACUCCGCGCUGGGUUUAUCCUAAAGAACUGAACUAAUCGAUAUGAGCCGCCCGUCCUCUGCGGGCGGUGGUGGCGGAGGACUCGGUUCCGGGAAAGCAGGCGGAGGAAAGCACGGCGGUUCGGGGGGAGCUGCUGCCUCAGCUGCAGCCGCCGGAGUAGGAGCUGUGGCCGGGUCUGGCUCGGCUCUACCUGUCGCUGCGGUUGCCUUGCCCUCAGCAUCGCUACAUGGACAAUCUGCUGAACUUACAGCCUUGUUCGAGUGCCCGGUUUGUUUUGACUACGUUCUGCCACCGAUUCUGCAAUGCCAGGCCGGACAUCUUGUUUGCAACCAAUGUCGUCAAAAGCUGAGUUGUUGUCCGACUUGUCGCGGCCCUCUCACCCCGAGUAUCAGGAACUUGGCUAUGGAAAAAGUUGCUUCUACUCUACCGUUUCCUUGUAAGUAUGCGUCAGCCGGAUGCCUGCUGUCCCUCCACCACAGUGAGAAGCCUGAUCACGAGGAGGUGUGCGAGUUCCGUCCCUACACCUGCCCGUGCCCCGGAGCCUCCUGCAAGUGGCAGGGCUCCUUGGAGGCCGUCAUGCCCCACCUGAUGCACGCCCACAAGUCCAUCACCACCCUGCAGGGAGAGGACAUCGUCUUCCUGGCCACAGACAUCAACCUGCCGGGGGCCGUGGACUGGGUCAUGAUGCAGUCCUGCUUCGGCCACCACUUCAUGCUGGUCCUGGAGAAGCAAGAGAAGUACGAGGGCCACCAGCAGUUCUUUGCUGUGGUGCUGCUCAUCGGAACGAGGAAGCAGGCCGAGAACUUCGCCUACCGCCUGGAGCUCAACGGGAACCGGCGGCGCCUCACCUGGGAGGCCACGCCCCGCUCCAUCCACGACGGCGUGGCGGCCGCCAUCAUGAAUAGCGACUGUCUGGUGUUUGACACGUCCAUUGCUCACCUGUUCGCCGACAACGGCAACCUGGGGAUCAACGUUACCAUCUCCAUGUGCUGAGCGGCUCAGAUGUGGAAACACAGACCUACAGGCUUCUCUCGUUCUCAGACUUACACAUGCGAUGGGCAGAAACUGGUGCACAGUGACUGACUGCCUGCACAGUGACUGUACCUGCCUCCUGUGUGAUGCAGUAGACUGUGUGAGAGGAUAGGUGGGAUAUGGAGAGGAUGUGUGUGUUUUGCUGCUUGAGGCUCGUUGGCUCCCCAUAAUGCUUGGAGACUGGGCUGUAGAGUAGUUUCAGGGUUAGGGUGUUUGCCUGUCCUCUCAUUGUGUGUGCUGGAGACAGUGUACAGUAACCUACAUGGGGUGGGCUUUUGAUGACUGAUGCUCUACCCGCCCCCAGGACCCCUCCUCAACCGCUCCCACCCCACUCACCCCUACCUCCUCUUCUGCCCAGCCAACCAGUGCCAGGCAAGAAGGACACUACCAGUGUAAGAAAGGGCGGUCAGUCAAUUGGCUGCCACACAGCGGUAUUCAGAGAACCUCCACAUCAUCCGUGAAUAGCCCCUGCAGAUGCCGCUUCCCAUCCUCACAGCGAAUUAAGUUUCAGUAAGUUGGUCAGUGGACCAAUCAGGCCUCAGACGCAUAUGGGCAGAGUCGGGACCUGAGAGUGACCAAUGUGCUGCCUCGGUCUGGGUUAGUGUGAGCUAAGCCGGGGUUGUUCAUGCCCUCCUAAAGGACUGCACUGACUACUAACCAACUCCUUACUUUUCAGAACCGCAAAACUCAACCGUUUUCAUAAUUAGGCUGUCAAUUAUAACCCCAACCAUGGUGUGUAUAAUACAUACUGGUGAUAGGUCCUGAUCUGGGUCCUGAUCUGAUUGGAAGUAAAAGACUGCAUGUAUGUCCGCCAUGUAGAAUAAAGACACUGAUCAGGUGUUUUGGUUCUAGGCUCUCGUCAUAAUGCAUCAUAAAGGUUGCAUAAUGCCAUCGUAAGCAUGGUAUCAAACCUGUCAUAAGUACUUUUUGGUGAAACCCCAGGGCCUAGUUAUUCACAUGGAUUCUGUAUUACAAUACAAACAACAAAGGCACAUUACUUCUCCAAAGUCACACGCUCUGUUGCAUAAAACUCUGAUAGAUUAAAGGUUAGCUUGUUUGUUAAAAACAGGUGUCAUGUCAUAUUUAAGAUGGCAUUAUGUUUGUUUUGACACAGAAAUCAUAUUUGUAGUGUGCGAGCCAGUACCACUACAGGAGACGGUACCACUACUGUUAUGAUUGUGUUUUUGUUUCUCUGCAGCCACUCCUCGCCAACAGAGAUGAGCAGCAUGGCGGAGGCACACGUUUUCUUAUUUGUUCCUCUGUAUGUCUCGUGAAACCGUUUGUUCUGCAGAACCUGGUUUAUCUUCGGUUCUUCUACACUCCGAUUGACAUACUGUAAUAUGGGGGUAGUUUUGACUCUUCCCCUCUGGUCAGUCAACCCACCACAGCCUUACUUUUGUACGUAACCUAACUAGCACUCCCAAGUUGGAAAGGCGUCUGUGAGGAUGACGAAGUUGGACUCACUCAGACCCACCCUCAGUGUCUUCAACGGACUCUUGGUUUUUGUGGACUUUGGGGCAAAGUCCCAUGGCAUUGUGGGUAGAAAUGGGAAUUCCAUAGUACUCCAGCCAUGUACCUCGCCUUCACCCGGCGUCAUAGUAACCAAGCAACCAAAAACCCACCUUUUCAUAAAGUACCUCUGAUGACAUUGAUCACAGACAUGUCUGUAACCCAACAGAGUCCCCUCCUGCUCCCAGAGACACUGCAGUAUACUGCUGAUCACCUCUGCCCCGUCUUAUAAGUAUUUGUAAUAUGUAAAUGUUGGAUGACCAUAUAUUUUCUAAAAGCUGAUAGGAGAUUCUGUGUUCGGUUGUGUUGAUCUGAGACGUGUUUGUGUCCACGGUUACUCAAACUGUUGUACAUAGGUUUUGAGGUUAUUUUCAGAGCUGUUGUAACUACCUGCUAUCCUAUUUUAUUCUAGUGGUCAGUGUCCCUGCCUUACCCACUGAGUGGACAGACAUUUCUGCCAACACACUCUCCCUUGGGCAGCACAGCUCUGCAAUUGCUAUGGCUGAUCUGUAAUAUCGACAAAAAAUGCAAACUGUGACGCUCACCUUUUUGUAACAUGGGCUUGAAGCCUUUAAUGCUGCAUCAGUUAUCAUGAGCCAGAGAGAACUGUGUGGAUUUCAUUAAUUAAUUGUUUAUGGGGCAAUGUGAGAUCAAAUCAAUGAAAACUAAGAGUCAGUGUCCACAAAAUUCGAUUUCAUGGUGCAUUUGUUUCCACUGAAAACAUCUUUAGGUCCAGAUUUCUGCAGUUAUGUUUUGGGGCGGCAGGUAGCCUAGUGGUUAGAGCGUUGGGCGCUCGAAUCCCGAACUGAUGAAGUAAAAAAAAAUAAUAAUAAUAAUCUGUCGUUCUGCCCAUGAUCAAGGCAGUUAACACACUGUUCCCCGGUAGGCCGUCAUUGUAAAUAAGAAUUGGUUCUUAACUGACUUGCCUAGUUAAAUAAAAAUUAUGGGUCCCUGUCCAUCCACGAAAACAAAAAUGGUCCCGUGGCUGAAUGUAGUUGAAGAUCCCUGACCUUGGCUGUCAUUAUGUAGGCUAUAAAAAACAUGUCUAACUAUAACUCUUAAUCUGCUUAAGUGUUGUCCACUUGCACAAUGUUUUGUUCCGUAUGAUGUGUCAGAACAUUGAACAGAAACACAUUCCCAUCCAGCUGUAAAUCACCUAGAAUCAUUCUACAAACCAGAAAAGUACACACAUUCUUUAUGUACCUCGGGAAAUACAACCCAUGUCUUGUACAUUCAUAGUACACAUGACGUCAUAGACAUCUUUUGUACAGCCAGACCCAAUACUUAUUUUCUCCCAAGUUUAGCCGAAUCCUAUCCUGGGAUGUUUCUAUAACAGCUGUAUGGGUGCAAUUUCUUUACUUAAUUUCAAUUGGGUCCCUAACAAGUAUUUUCUUUGGGACACACACACACGUUUUCCUCUCCUGUCCAUCCCAGCCUGGCCUCUGUUAAUCUGGGGCCCGGGUGAAGGCAGCGGUUGACCUCUGACCAGUCUGACAAGUGAAGCUCAGACCCAGAAGUCAUUGAAAAAACGUUGAAUAUAUCACAUCACCUAGGUAACUAACAUAGCAUUGACGAUCUAUCCAUGCAGCCAGUCAACGGGACGAUCAAAAUCCCAGUUAUUCGAGUGUGGCUUGUCUGCCUGGCCCCCCACUGGAAGAGGAUAAGGGUUAACUUCUCGUCCUCUAAUAUCUCUAAUACCCCAGUUGGGUUUUUUCAUUGGAGCCCCGGUGUGAUGAGAUUAAUAGAACUGAUGACAUUUGCGGUGUUUCACAUGCCAACUAUCGACAGGUUCCUUCACACACUUAACCUCUUGGUGGAAUUAAAACAUUUCCUUAAUGGCAGGAUGUUCUUUACCUCUUUUUCCCUUUUAUGUUUUGACAAAAUGUUAAUUUAUUCUUGAUAUAUAUAUCUAUGCUUUGUUCUAUCUUAGAUGAUUAACUAUGUUGUGUUUUAAACAUCAUUCAGCGAUACAGAUGAAUUGCAGUUAAAACCCUGUUGAGCAGGUAUGAGCUAGUGAUCAUGUAAAUACGAUCUUUCUUUAGUCUGAAUUAUUCAUUUUUCCCCCAAAGUAUCUUGUUUGCCUUUGGUUCUUCACUGAAUUACAAAUUGUGUAAUGUU